UUUCAUUCGCAGGAUCGGGCACGUUUUGUCGGGAGCAAGCCCAAGCGGGUGUUACUGUCCGAGGCUGCGGGCUCCGCCAGCAGGCGUCUCGUCGUCGAACUGGUGAGAGGGAGAGCCAAGACGAAUUUUGUGGAUGAGAACAUUAACGAAUCCUGCCUGGAUCGCGGUUUCUUUUCUGUGCCUCUUUAACGCCUAACUUAAACGCCGGUGUGUCUCCUCGCUGCAGACAAUCGGUGGUAAAGCUGAUUAUUAUUAUUAUUAUUAUUAGUGUUAUUAUAAGCGACUGUAUGUUUGCGCCAGUCGCUGCUGCUUGCGCACUUGGACAUCGAGCAGGGGCGCAGGGAACCAUGUUAGUGAGUCAACAGCUGGAGUGGAUAACACACGACGGAUCUCGGUCAGCGUCCGCUCGCUCGUCGUAACCGACGCAUGGGCUGCGUCCGUCCCUCCGUCCGUCCCUCCGUCCGUCCGGCGACUCAACAGGAACGCGGAGAGCCAACAGCAUCCAGCCACUGCGCCGCUGUCGGGGCAAACAGCAUCGAGUGAUGGAGUCCCCCCGCGCAGACCUUGGCUGUUAAUGGUUCACAGAUUAAUGAGGGAGCUGUUUUGGAAGAGCAGCGGCAGAAGUUGAGGAGGAAGGAAGGAAGGAAGGAAGGAAGGAGGGAAGGAAGGAGAGAUCUCCGGUUGCCGGUGGAUACCGCGGCUCUCGCGCGCCUGGCCCUGCGUAACCCUCGGACUAAUAGACGGACGGAGGCAGAAUGCGGUGUCGCCGUCAGCCCCCUCUCUGACCGAGUGACAGAGGACGGAGUCGGCUGGUCGAGGACACCGGGUGCUCGUUGAAACCCCGCUGUUUGUUUGUGUGUGUGCGCGCGCGCGCGCGUGUGUGAGCGCGUGGUGGUAAAAACCGGUUUUUGAUGCGCGAGAAAGUGACGUGCCGCCCUCCCACCUUCCCGCCUUUUGCCACGAGCCUCUUGUCAACUCAACGGACGAGGCAGCCGAGUACUUCCCUUUUCGCUCCAUACUUUUUAUAUUUCAUAUAUAGGCAAAUAUAUAGGUUUGUUUUUAUUGGGGGGGGGGCCGCCUGUCUGUUGAACACCUCACUGCGAGUCCCCAAGUCUCGCGGGAUAUAAAGGAACUAAAAGGCUGAAUCUGAAAGAGAAGGAGGGAAAAGAAGAAGAAGAAGAAAGGGGGAAAAAAAGAAGCCGAGAUUUAAGAGAAACAGGAGCCGCCUAUAUGAAGAUGCUGAUGUGUGACCGCGGCGUCCAGAUGCUCGUGACGACGGUGGGCGCGUUCGCCGCCUUCAGCCUCAUGACCAUCGCCGUCGGCACCGACUACUGGCUGUACUCGCGCGGGGUCUGCCGCACGAAGAACAGCGGCGACAACGACACGAGCCGCAAGAACGAGGAGGUGAUGACGCACUCCGGCCUCUGGCGGACCUGCUGUCUGGAAGGAACAUUCCGAGGAGUGUGUAAGAAGAUCGAUCACUUCCCAGAGGAUGCCGACUACGAAGCGGAUGCUGCUGAAUACCUCCUCCGGGCUGUGCGUGCCUCCAGUAUCUUCCCCAUCAUGAGUGUGGGUCUGCUGUUCCUGGGGGGCCUCUGUGUGGCCGCCAGUGAGUUUUACCGGAGCCGACACAACGUCAUCCUCAGUGCAGGAAUCUUCUUUGUCUCCGCAGGCCUCAGUAACAUCAUUGGAAUUAUUGUCUACAUAUCAGCCAACUCGGGCGACCCGGGUCAGAGCGACAGCAAGAAGUCCUACUCCUACGGCUGGUCCUUCUACUUUGGCGCCCUCUCCUUCAUCAUGGCAGAAAUGGUCGGCGUGCUGGCUGUGCACAUGUUCAUUGAGAAGCACCGCAAGCAGCGGGCCAAGUCCCGCACCGAGCUCAUCAAGAAAUCCGCCUUCAGCCGCAUCCCCUCCUACCGCUACCGCUUCCGGCGCCGCUCCAGCGUACGUUCCUCCGAGGCCCCCAGCCGCGACGCCUCACCCCUGGGGAAAGGUGGCUACACGGGGCCUGCUGCCUCCGAGAUGCCCAUGUACACGCUGAACCCGCGCGAGGCGGGCAACGCCGGCACCAAACCAGGCGUCAUGGGCGGGCUGCUCAACUCAGAGAGGGAGUUCCUCCAGAGCAGCACACUCACUAAAGACUACAGCAAGGACCCCAACCGCAGGACCACGCCUGUCUGAGAGGUGCUGGCUGCAGAUAUCACCCAAUCAGAGUAUCAGCGAGGAUGAUGAUGAUGAGAAAUACAGGGGGGUUAUGAGCAAACGCAGGGGCCACGCAGGGUUACGGGGUGGGAAAGGGGUUUGAUAAACUUCGACUGUGAACUGUGAACUUUUAGCCUUUGAACUGUGAAUCCUGAGCCCUGUGAGAGAUUCAGUGUGUGUGUAGCAGGGGGGAGUUUUGAAGGAGAAGUUGUUCCCAACUCCACUUUACCACAUAUCACUGUAGUUGUACCUGUAACUUCUUAUAUGUGAAGGCACAUUCGAUUUAUGUUCAUGACUUUUAUGUUCAUAAAUUGACUUUUAGCUCUUUCAACAGGGAAACAGGAUUGAAUUGGACAAACAGUGUUUAAGAGCAUAUCGCAUAAGUGGUUUGCUGUCUGGGGCAACUUCUCCUAAAAAUGGAAACAAUGUGAACAACGGGAGAAGAGGGAAGAAGUGAGAGAGCCUGUGUGAUCUUUGACCUUCUGACCUCUGUCCUCCUGACCCUUUUGGAUAGCAGCCGAGCGGGAUCAGUGCAGCGAGCAGCCUUAGAGCACUGAGCUGUCUCUCUGAUUACGAUGCUGUUCAAAACUGAGGAAGUUGACGCCUCAGGAGAGGGAUUGAUUCAUUUUCAGUUCAGCGGGAUUUCAAAAUAUACAUUAAAAAUGCAGUUUGUCCAUUUUAUGGUAGCACAUUUGUCGCACUAGUUAUUAUUUUCUAUACAUAUUGUAUAUAUAUACACGCCUGCCUUUCAUACUUGAUUGGUUUGAUUUAAUCACGGAAAAGCUCUUUUCAUAACAGACUGAACUGAAACUGAAUUGAGCUCAUCCCUGGUAACAUUUACCCCCCUCUCUCUGAUCCCAGGUCAGUUGUUAAACCCUGCAUACUGAUUAAUUUUUUUUUUUCUUAUGAAGGGUAAACAAGUAUAUUCUGUCACUGGGGGAAAGUUGUGACUCAACAAAACUAAUGAAUCUCUUUUAGCUGGUAAUGUUAGCUCAUUGGUGCUUCCUUUUACUCCUGUUUUUGGCCACACAAGUCUUCUCUUGAUUUAUUUAUUGAUUUCACCUAAAGCUUAAAGAGAUGAUCAAA